AGCUGGGGAGUUCGCUAUCACUGAGAUCAUUCGCGAGAAUGGGUGACACUUUGUCGGUGUUCGGCUUGGCCCGUCUCGCCAGCACCCUGUCCGUAUUAGACUACGUGUCUUUGGGCAGUUCUUUAUCUGUCCGUCAGUUUGCAUAUCUCGGCAGCACGUUGUCUGUUGAAGACUCAUCGACAUUCAACAAUGUUGAAAUCCGGGGCACUUUGAAUGUCGUGAGUGGAGCGACCCUUAAUCUACAGGCUGGAUCGACAUUCGUACUCGAUUCUAGCAGUCCAGGGGCGGUCACAAUCGAUACAGAUGCUUGCAGUGUUAUCCACGCCAGCGGCUGCAAUAGUUCAUCAGAUAGACGACUGAAAACGCUUAUUCAGCCAGUGGAAGGUUAUCUGUCCUGGGCUUCCCGUUCUGGGCGGCAUCACGUCUCGAGAAGCAAACGGAACCUUUCGGCUGUCUCGUCGAGGGAUCGUGAUAGCGUCGAGCAUCUUAUCGACAGGUUGCGCCCCGUCAAGUUCGAAUGGAAACAGGUACACAUACACCUCGUCAAGAAGCAUCACAAAUGGGUUAUGCUUUGCAGCCUCACGAAGGCAUCAAGAGAUCCAAUAGAGUGCACUUCGGCCUUAUAGCGCAAGUCAGCAUGCCCUUGUCAAUGACCGAAUAUCCCAUUCGUCACUUUCCUCUGUCUUCAGGAUGUGGCAACUUUGUUGCCUGAGGUUGUUUCAAAGGAACCCAGGACAGGCACACUGAGGAUUCGCUAUAUGGUGCGUACACGCGAUGAACAAGAAAUUACGUCAAGAUGGAAACUAUGUUUGUUGCUGCUCGUGCCUGUCAGGACUUCAUUUCGAUUCUUUUGGAGAGUGCCAAGCAGCUUCAUCGGCGCUUCCGGGUAUAUGCAUUGCAUGAACGGGAUCGGGGUCAUUCAUUGCUUGUCUCUUGUUUCAGGUGUUAGAGCGACGAGUUGCAAGCCUCGACUUCCCCAAUCUGGACCCAUAUUCUAAUAUCACAACUACUGCACGACUACAUAGUGGCCCACCAGUGAACAGCCUCAGCAGCCUCAGCGUGCCUCUAGAGGCCCUCUACUCACUCUUUACAAGCGAGCCUCUGUCUUCUAUCGCAAGCAACAGCACCCGCCUAUCUCGAAGUCAUCCGUCAGUCCAUUCACUUGGGCAUCGUCUCAAGAGAGCAGCAUUAGACCUCAAGAAUGUCCUCCAACAGGAGGUAAGACAUCUCCGGGCUUCUGUCGAAGCCGACAGACAGUAUACAGUGGCGCAAUCGGGUGUCUUCCGCCGGCUACGAGCUGUCGAGAAACGAGUGCGCGUCGUUCAGCAGGCCAUUAGAAGUACGGAGGCUGCCCUCAGGCGACGUGAGAAGAAACUAUUCUCCCACACAUGGCCACCAAGGAGGAUGCUACCCUCUAUCCCCGCGGUUAGACAGUCUGCAGCAGAGAGGAUGGACGCACAUGAGAGUGACCAUGAGGUGGAUUCCCUAAGACGGAAGAUUGAAGAUAUGGGGGCUUCCACAGCGAGAAGAAUCAACGACAUGGCGCGGCGCCAUGAGGAGGCCAUCAAGCUACACCAGGAAGAAAUCCGGCUGCUCAAGGAGCAAAAUAGACGUCAAGAUGAGGAGAUUCGGCUGCUCAAACAACAGCUGCAGCGUCCUCUCGCCGGACACGCAUCCUCUACUCGAGCCCCAAGAGACGAAGACUAUACACUGAUAGAGGCACCACGCUGACGCGAUGUGACGGCAUGUGUCUUGUGUGUGAUAUACAUUCUAUAACCCUUUCUCUGAAGCUUCUUUGUGCUCUUUCUAUUCUUCUGAAAAGACAAAGUGUACGAAUGAAGUAUAAGGAUGUUGUCAAUCCUUCAUCUCCC